GUCACGCACCUACGAAAGCCUCCGCCGGCUCCAACAGCAGGAGCGAGAGAGCGGACAGGACAGCGCUGAGGCCGCGCAUGGUGCCGGCACAGGCCCGGUCGGCAGCCUCGGGCCCUCGCCUGACGUGCAGCUAGCUGCGGAUGAAAUGUCUCCAUCAUGGUCAUCGUGAAGGUUCCCAAAGUUCACGUGACGGAAUGAAGUUAGCAAUUUUUUCUGUGCAGAAGGUGAGAUGGAAGGUAUCAGUAUUAUUCCACAGACCAGAAACAUCAUUUUUCCAAUAUACAAGGAAUUCCAUCCAGAUCUUUGCAGGUGUCCAAUUCCUAGCCUUUUCCUCGCCAACGUGCGCUCACUGUCAAACAAAAUGGACAAACUAUGGCUAAGGAUCACCUCCCACAACUGGAUCAAAGACUGCAGCAUCCUGAUCUUCACGGAAACUUGGCUCAACACCGACGUUCCCGACAGCGCCAUCCAGCUAACGGGGCGUCAUUUACUCCAAGCGGACAGGACAUCAGACUCCGGUAAGACCAGAGGUGGGGGUCUGUGCAUUUAUGUAAAUAAAGCAUGGUACACGGACUCCACCUUCAUCGAGAGUCACUGCUCAGCUAACCUUGAGUUCCUCUUGGUUAGAUGCAGACCGUUCUAUCUGCCCAGAGAGUUCACCUCCACUGUUGUGACUGCAGCCUAUAUCCCUCCUGAUGCUAAUGCCAAGCUUGCAAUGAAAGAGCUGCAUACUUCCAUUAGCAAUCAACAGACGCACAGCCCUGAGGCAGCCUUCAUUGUUGCGGGUGACUUCAAUCACUCUAACCUGAAGACUGUAUUCCCCAAAUUCCACCAACAUGUCUCCUUCCCCACUAGAGUAGACAAGACACUGGACAAAGGCUGAAGACAACAUGGCUGAAGCUUACAAAGCCAUCCCCCGCCCCCACCUUGGUAAGUCUGAUCACGUCUCAUUGUUCCUGCACCCUAAGUACUCCCCACUCAUCAGACGGGUUAAACCAACUGUGAGGACAGUUAAAGUCUGGUCAGAGGAAGCGGACUUCACACUUCAGCAGUGUUUUGGAAACACUGACUGGAAGGCGUUUGCAACCCAGGCCACCCUUGACUCCCACACGGACAUUGAUUCCUACACAUCCUCUAUUCUGGACUUUAUAAACUCCACCAUCAAUAGUGUCACCUCCCUCAAACAGGUGACCAUAUUCCCGAAUCAGAAGCCAUGGAUGAACAGCGAGGUCAGGCUACUGCUGAAAGCAUGGGACACCGCUUUCAGGUCAGGCGAUGCUCGAGCCUACAGCUCAUCCAGGGCAAACCCGAAGAGGGGCAUCAGGAAGGCCAAGCACUGCCAUAAGCUCAGGAUUGAGGAGCACUUCAAUAACAACUCCGACCCCCGACGCAUGUGGCAAGGCAUCCAGGCUAUCACGGACUAUAGACCCUCCAACACCACCCCCACAUCCAGUGACGCCUCCUUCCUUGAGGAGCUUAAUCACUUCUAUGGCCGCUAAGACAGGGACAAUCUAGAGACAGCCAUCAAGGCUGUGCUCCCUGCCGAUCACCAACCCCUCACACUCACCCCCUAUGACGUAUACGUGGCACUGAGUAGGACUAAUGCACGUAGGUCUGCUGGCCCUGACGGCAUCCCCGAGCGCGUGCUCAGGGCCUGUGCUGCGCAGCUGACAGACGUCUGGACUGACAUCUUCAACCUGUCACUUGCCCAAGCAGUUAUCCCCAUGUGCCUUACAAAACCACCUCCAUC